AUGCCUCCAAGGAAGACACCGACAAGGGCUGCUGCCUCAGCAGCCGAUGCCGCUAGCUUUUUCCAUCGCGCUAAAAAACCGCAUAUUGCCGAACGAAUCGUUGCCGCCAAGAGGUCCCCUCCCUCCUCUCAGGAGCUCGCCAAGUCGGGGCCAAACUCUCAUUUAUACCUGACGCAACAGCAGCCGCCGAGAUCCGCGUCCAAGAGCAGCGAGAACGAUUCCGACAGUAGCCCUCCUUCAGAUCCACAGGAAGAUGGUUGCCACGGUCUCAGUACGCAGGUCUUAUGCGAGAUUGCUUCGGAUAAUUCAUGGGAUUCGCCAGAGGGAGAAGAUCGAAACGAGUGCGACGAUCUUUCGGCUGCCGUGCACCAUACUGCAUCGGCUGCUGUGCACCAUACUGCAUCGGCCCCAGCCCCCAAACUGUUCACAGAGAUAUUGCCUCCUGCGCCGGCCACCCCACGAAAGAGAACCAGUCCCAAGGUCGCGGCCACCCUGAGCAACAUUGAAGACGGAAUCCAUCAGGGCGAUCUUUCAGAAGGGGAGAAGACGCUCCGCCAAUUCGAUCUGUCUCCAAAGUAUGGGCCCUCUCUGGACGUGACCCGUCUUGAACGCUGGCAGCGUGCUUUUGAGUUGGGACUGAACCCUCCCCGGGAUGUCAAGGACUUGAUUCUCAUGCACAGUGCAUCGAAUACCUCUCUCUUUGCAGGACGUGUCUAA